GUGCGAAGUAAACGAACCAGAUUAGCUGUGGAUGGUUAAGAGGGCAGGGAGCACGGGGUUUUCCUCUUCGGUUUUAUUUCUAUUUGAUCGGGAAGGGAAAGCUAAUAUCCAGCUUUGCUGAUUGAAGGCAGCUGACUCUGUGGUGGAUCUCCGCCUCUCUGAAGCAAAGGAGUAUGUAAGAAAACAUCAGUUUGGAAGCGUGCAGUUUGUUUCAGCUAAAGAUGGUGCAGAGGAAAAAAUCUGCUCUGCAGGUGGUGGUGUCCUUUAAACGCUUCUGCAUUCUUUCACUCUUAGCAAAAUGGCUUUUAAAAACAGAUGACUUGUGAAUCUGUGCACAUAGCUGACAUUACAAGGAUACUGUACAAAAGGCCACAUGCAUUCCAACGGACAUCUCUUGUGAAUGGGAGAUUCUAUGCUUUCAAACAAAAAACACCCUAAAAACACUGAUCCUUAACUGGAACAAGAAUUAAAGGGACUGCAUCAGAAUGUUUGUUAGUUCCAGGAAAGUCAGAAAACGCCAAUUUGUGCAGAUACUUGCCACUUGCUUUGUACUGUCUCUCAUGAUUUUCUGGACACCACUUGAUAAUCAUAUUGUGAGCCAUAUGAAGUCCUAUUCUUACAGAUACCUCAUAAAUAGCUACAACUUUGUGAAUGAUAGCCUGUCCCUUAGCAGGGAAAACCUGGACAGGGUAGCAAGAUACCGAUAUUUGAUCAACCACAAGGAGAAAUGUCAACAGCAAGAGGUCCUCCUUCUAUUGUUUGUAAAGACUUCUCCAGAAAACCGGCAUCGGCGAGAUGCAAUUCGACAAACCUGGGGUAAUGAAAAAUAUAUAUAUUCUCAUCUUAAUGCCAACAUUAAAACUGUUUUUGCUUUAGGACGACCAACAGAUCAUAUGCAGAGAGCACAGAUGCAAAGAAAACUUCUAAUGGAAGACCAGAAGUAUAAUGAUUUGAUCCAACAAGACUUCUUGGAUACUUUUCACAAUCUUACCCUUAAGUUACUUUUGCAGUUUGGAUGGGUGAAUGCAUACUGCCCACAUGCCAAGUUCAUUAUGUCUGCAGAUGAUGAUAUUUUUAUUCACAUGCCAAAUCUUGUUGCAUAUCUCCAAAGUCUAGUGGAAAUUGGCGCUCAAGAUAUCUGGAUUGGGCGUGUCCAUCGUGGAGCUCCUCCCAUAAGAGAUAAGACUAGCAAGUACUAUGUUCCAUAUGAAAUGUACCAGUGGCCUUCUUAUCCUGACUACACAGCUGGAGCCGCAUAUGUAAUAUCAAGUGAUGUAGCAGCUAAAGUAUAUGAGGCUUCACAGACCCUUAAUACAAGUCUUUAUAUAGAUGAUGUUUUCAUGGGUCUCUGUGCCAAUAAAAUGGGAAUUGUACCACAAUAUCAUGUAUUCUUUUCUGGGGAAGGAAAGGCUCCAUAUCAUCCCUGCAUCUAUAACAAAAUGAUAACCUCUCAUGGACAUGUAGAUGACCUUCAUCACCUUUGGAAGCAGGCAACAGAUCCAAAAAUCAAAAGCUUUUCCUCUAGAUUUUUGGGUGGACUAUAUUGCAAAAUAAUUAACAUUAUGCUUCUUUGCAAACUACAGUAUGAGGACACAUAUCCCUGUUCAGCUGCAUUUUCCUAAUACUUGAAUAUCUGCAUAGAGAUUCACUGAGCCAAAAUGGAGUGACAACUUUUAACUGUUUAUCCAAAAUAUACAUAAAGUAUAACAUGAAAAGAAGUAAGAUUAAAAUGUGAAUAGCUUUUAGGUCCCAAAUUAUUCUGCUCAGGAACUUUAUCAGAAUAACUCUAUUGCUGUAUUAGUUUCCACAUACUGCACCCUGUAUUUUUACACUCCUUAUUCAAGGGAUUUAAAUCUUAAUAGAUAUUAACUUACUUCGUUUUUUAGAUAUUGAAAAGCCUGUGAAAAGUAAUUGAACUUGGGAGUACAGAAUUUGUCAAUAAUCCUUAUUAAUUGCAUUCUUCCAUUUGAAAACCAGUGUGUAAAUUAAGGCACAUCAUUUCAAGGCAACAGCUUGCAGUUGAUGCACCACUUAAACAUCCAUAAAUAGCACUUUUCAAACAAAGGGAAAUGAUAGUUCUGACCAUGAGUAGAAGAAUAUGAUGACAGUUUUAAAAAGUCUGAGUAAACUAGUCAAAUGGUCCCCAUUUCUGAAUACAGUUCAGCAAAAUGACUCUUUAAAAAUCAAAAUAAGCCACAAAUGGUGCUAGUGGUGAAAGCUUACUAAAACAUUUUGUUCUCUUGAUUACCUAAAUCCUGCACGAGAUUGGGGGAGGGGAGAUGGCAUGCACACUGUCUUUCUAACUGGUGCUUUCAGGUAAUACACGAGCUCUGUUUAGAACAGGAAUUUACGAGAAGGUACAUUAAUAACUUCUGCAACACUGCUUCAACUACAGCAAUAUUUUGAAAUUAAGUAACUUUUUUUUAAAUCUGAAAACACUUUCUGAAGUGGUAUUUUUAAACACUCCAAUCAGUCAUUGGUAAACUAAGAGCACAUGUAUUGAGUAUGGCCUUCCAGUUGUAUCUUUCAAAAAUACACUUCUGUCUCCCUAGUUAAUUUUCAAGAGGGAAGACAAGUUAAACUUCUCCAUUAAAUAACUCAAGGGAAAUCUGUCAAUGUAGUUAGUUCAGAUUAUUCAAAAAAUUGAAGAAGCCAAAUUUGUGCAAACUUGAGCACUAACAGAGAAAGAUGUGAGGAGCUAAAAGUAAGGGUAGACUGCACAAAGAAGAGAGAGGGUGAAAAUAUUGAUAGUAACAUGUAAAGAUGAAACAUUUAUUAAGAGAAUUACAAAGAAUCCACUAAAUUGUCCUCUCAAUCUAAUUGGUUUCAAGCACAGAUCUUUGUUUUAUGGCCAUGUGAAGAAGUCAGUGUCAAAAUAGAAAAUCUGUAUCUUCAACCAAAUCUAUUUCAUAUGUUACUCUUGCCUCUUUAACAUGAACAGAUAGCUUAACCUUCAGUUUACAAGGCUAGAAGUAAGUGCUAUUAAGACCCAGACCACCACCACCGCUUGUAAUCUGAUCAUUCAUAACCAUGUCCAAAACCUCUAAAGUCCAGUUCUGGGAGAAGGACUCCACACUCUGUUGUUGUUAGUCUCGUCUUAACAAUGUUUCCGCAUACUUUGUGGACAGGUAUUUGUUAGUAACUCCAGUAGCCAAAGCCAUGGUAGCUGCUUGGAUACUGGUAGAUGUGGAUGCAAGAGGUGGUUGUCUCUUAUUUUGAGAGCUGUUUGACGUUGGUAUGAGUUCCAGUGUGAACAGGGUCAUAAAAUCACUUCAGAAUGCUUGAAUUCAAAUUUUCACCCAGUGGCAUAGCAGCAGAAAUGCAAAACAAAGGCUGGAAAUGACAAGGAGUCUGUCACUUUUAGUGGAGCUUUGUCAUGUUCUAGGAGGUGGACUCUUCAACUUAUUUACUUUCUAAGAGAAUAUUCACAGUAGUCUUUUUCCCUAAAUUUCCCAGCACCAACACCACCAAUGCUGUAGAUGACAAUGUGAGGGCACUAAAGUAGACCAGUCACCGUAUUUAAUUCUAACUUUGCUCAGAGCAGGUCUAGAUGGUCUGCUCAUUUACAGUGCAGGCCAGCUGCAUGUACCUUCUUGUUUAAGAUAGUGCUCCCUCUAUUGCAACCACCUGUAGGGCUGCAUCAGUGGUAAUACACAGGCAUCUUAGGGGGCAAAAUGGCUAGUGUCAACAAGAUCCAGGAGAGAACUGUCAGCUGGUUAUUGGAGCAUGACUGAUAUUCGCCUCUCUGCAAGCCACUCUUCCAGCUGGGAUAAGAGCUUGAUAUCUACUAGAAUGAGUAAUCAUACAGAUAAAGUGUUUCUCCAGAGUGAAGGUGUAAGGAAACCACUGGACUGACCACAGUUGGAUCCAGGUGUUGACUACACAGAGAAACCUAUGAAGCGAGACUUAGUCCAUUACCACAGUGCAGAAGUGAUGGCUGAAAAAUGAGAAAAUUAUCCCAUCCUGCUGGAUAAUGUUACAUAAUUCUGCAGCUCUAAAAUGUUUACAGCAAAACAAAUCCAGUUAAUCCAUGCUCUUUAAUUAGAAAACAGGUUGAUUGACACUGCUCAGAACUUGCUUUGCUUAACCAGUGUUGAAAUUAUAAUGGCAAAAUAACUAAAAUAUUACAAGUUAUAGAUCUAAAUUCCUGAGAAAUCUAAAAAUACAUUGCACUGUGGAAAUACUUGUAUAACUGGUGGAAAUUUUUUUUGAUUGCACUAGCCACUUUGAAUUGACAAUAACCUGUGGCAGAAAUGACAUAAUAGAAAUCCCAGCUAGUAUAAAAUAGUUAAAAUGCAGUAUGCUUUUAGAUGUAUACAAUUAAGGCUGUGAUCCUGCAAGCAAAUGUAGUGAUUAACUUGACUCACUUGAGUAAAGUUAAGCAUAUACUUACAUGUUUGUAGGACUGGGGCUUAAGUUAGCAUCUAUAACUUGUAAUUUUAUUUAAAAACUUUUUUCCCAUUGGGUGAAAAAAUCAAUGUCCCUCUUGACCAUUGAAAUGCUUUUGUUUACAGGAGGUCUACUUUGUUAGGAAUAUUCCUUAUCUUAAAAACAACUUUGUAAUUUGGCUUUUUAUUAUUUUUUGCUGCUGUUUAAGAGAAAGGGUUUAUAAAUUUGAAGAAAAUAUGAUGGCACUCCUUUCAAAGAAUGGAGAAGCUAGAAAAUUUCUUAACUUUUGACUCUAAAGAUUGACUUAAAAUUCGUACUUCUUCAUUUAGUUUUUGUUUUGAGAGAGAGAGAGGCAUGUCGGUGCUCCAAUGCAGGGCUUUCAUGUUUUAUUUUCACAAUUAAAACAUGCACCAGCCUGAAUGGUCACUUCUCAAUUAGCAGUUUUGACAUUGUUGCACAAAAUGUUUAAUGCUGAAAUUGUUUUUAUCUGUUUGUUGGUUUGCAUCAAGUUUCCUUUGAUAUUACAAUUUUUAUACAAAGAAUUAAAUAUUUAUUCUUGAAACUUUUUGCUCUAUCACAAAAGACAAUUGUUUUGUAAAACUUUUCUGUUUUGAAUAAACAGUGUUUGUGUAUUUUUAUUUAUUUAUUUUUUAACUGGUAAAUCUUUUUGCCUUUCAGAAUUUCACUUCUUGUACCUGAUAUCAUCAGCUUUAAUGCUUAAAAUUGAAUUUCUGAAUACACUGUUUAGUCUCUUCUUGAGAGAAGACUUGAACCCCACGUUAGUAUGUGCUGGGUUUUAUUUUUGUUGUUUUUUGUUUUCUUUGUUUAAUGUGUCAGCCUUUUUAACUUCUCCUUUUGGCAUGUCAUCUCUUAUGGAACAUAAUCUUUUUGAUCACCCCUGAGGUCCCAUGUUGCAUUCAUCUGCCUUCCACUGAAGGGCUCUGUGGAAGACUCCCUUAACGAUGCAGUGAUACGGGCUUUGCGUUUCUUGUUAACGGACAAGUGGGAUUGCUGUUCAUCUUACAAUGUGUUCACUCCCUAAGAUCUGAAAGCUUGUCCAGCAUGCUUUCCAACAAAAUUAACUUUUUCUACAACUUUCUUUUAUGGAACUCCUCAUAUAGUUGCUUUAUUUUAAAGCCACACGGAGACCUUAAGUAAGAGAGGAACAAAUGAAUGUUCGUAUUUGGAAGAGGUCUGUUCCUCUCAAACGGAAUUUUUAGGUCUUGGUGAGGUAGGUUCUUCAACUCCAGGAGCAGUGCUAUUUGCAUUCUAAGAGAAUGUGUCUGCUAGCCUUAUUGGGAACAGAGAGUGUUAAAGAUCCACAUUGCUGCUAACCUUCAAAAGUGGUAUCCCUCGCAAUACUAGGAACAAAAUUAAGUUAGUUUUGAAAAUCCUUUAAAAAUUGCUGUUCCUGGAACUAAACAGAGCAGUAGUGUGGAUGCUCUAAACAAUCUCU